UUUAGAGCAGGCUUGAUGAUCUCAGAGGGCUGCGGGAGCAGGACUAUGUCCACCAUGGUGUACCCAAGGGAGGAGAAACUGGACAAGCUGAGCCAAGAGGAGAUCAUCUCCAACACCAAGCUGGUGAUGCAAGGGCUGGAGGCACUCAAGAAUGAGCACAACUCCAUCCUGCACAGCUUGCUCGAGACCAUCAAGUGCCUGAAGAAAGAUGAAGAAGCCAACCUGGUGCAUGAGAAAUCCAACCUGCUCCGCAAAUCAGUGGAGAUGAUUGAGCUGGGGCUCGGGGAAGCUCAGGUGAUGAUGGCCUUGUCCAACCACCUGAACGCUGUGGAGUCGGAGAAGCAGAAGCUGCGCGCUCAGGUGCGGAGGCUGUGCCAGGAGAACCAGUGGCUGCGCGACGAGCUCGCCAACACCCAGCAGAAGCUGCAGCGCAGCGAGCAGACCGUGGCGCAGCUGGAGGAGGAGAAGAAGCACCUGGAGUUCAUGAACCAGCUGAAGAAGUACGAUGAGGAUGUGUCACCUUCGGAGGAGAAGGAGGGCGACUCCACCAAGGACUCUCUGGACGAUCUGUUCCCAAACGAGGAGGAGGAGCACGGUCCUGGCUUGCCCCACCAGCACAGCAGUGCAGUGGCAGCUGCCCAGCAAGGAGGCUAUGAGAUCCCUGCCCGCUUGCGCACCCUCCACAACCUUGUCAUCCAGUAUGCCUCACAGGGACGCUACGAGGUGGCUGUGCCGCUCUGCAAGCAGGCACUGGAGGACCUGGAGAAGACAUCAGGCCACGACCACCCUGAUGUGGCCACUAUGCUCAACAUCCUGGCACUGGUGUACAGGGAUCAGAAUAAGUACAAAGAGGCAGCACACCUCUUGAAUGAUGCUCUUUCCAUCCGUGAGAAGACUCUGGGCAAAGACCACCCAGCAGUGGCAGCAACUUUGAACAAUCUGGCUGUUCUCUAUGGCAAGAGAGGGAAGUACAAGGAGGCAGAGCCACUGUGCAAGCGAGCCCUGGAGAUCCGUGAGAAGGUGCUAGGCAAAGACCAUCCUGAUGUGGCCAAGCAGCUGAACAAUCUAGCCCUGCUGUGCCAGAACCAAGGCAAAUACGACGAGGUGGAAUACUACUACUGCCGGGCCCUGGAGAUCUACGAGAGCUGCCUCGGUCCUGAUGACCCCAACGUGGCCAAGACCAAGAACAACCUGGCCUCCUGUUACCUGAAGCAAGGCAAAUACAAAGAUGCAGAAGUGCUGUACAAGGAGAUCCUUACCCGUGCUCACGUGAAGGAGUUUGGCUCUGUGGAUGAUGAACACAAGCCAAUCUGGAUGCAUGCAGAGGAGAGAGAGGAGAUGAGCAAGAGCAAGCACAGAGACAGCGCCCCCUAUGCUGAGUAUGGCGGCUGGUACAAGGCCUGUAAGGUUAGCAGCCCGACUGUGAACACUACUCUGCGGAACCUGGGUGCUCUGUACCGACGCCAGGGCAAGCUGGAGGCAGCGGAGACCUUGGAGGAGUGUGCGGUUCGCUCUCGGCGGCAGGGCAUCGACCCAAUCAACCAGACGAAGGUGGUGGAGAUCCUGAAGGAGGGCGACGGCACAGAGAGGCGGCGGAGCCUGGGAGGCAGCGUCAAGUACGAGAGUGCCACAGACGGUAGCGAGGAAGCUUAAAUGCCUGCCGAGACUCCCUCUUUCCCCUCCACUGCCAUCACCUGGAUGUUUGUGUUGUCUUCCGACCUUUCCUCCACACCAUCCCUCCUUCCUCGCCGAGAGCUCCACGCCGGCCCCGGCGGCGCCUGCAGAGGAGUCCCUGGCCACGGGGUCCAGCUCCAGUCCCUGUGGCCAGCAGGAGCAGGAAGAUUCUGCGAGGAGCUGCCUGCUCCCCCCAGCCAGGGCAGCCAGCCACUCUCCCCCUGCCUGCUCCCACCCCUGUCCUGCCCUUGCUCACCCCUCGGGACCAGGCCUGCCGGGCGUUGUCUUCACUCCAGCCAUACCAACUCCACUCUCAUUAGAUGUCCUCCACCCUUCUAGCUUGUUCCCUUCAUUUCUGCAGAGGCCAGGACGGAGGCAUGAAGAUGGGCACUGUUCUGGGGUGGAGGCAUGGCCUUGGCAGAGCUGUUUUGCUCCCAGUUGCUUUCUUUCUCGUAGGCUUAGCUACUGUUAGCACCCUAGAGCAAACCUGUGCUGGCCACCAGCCAGCUGCGCUCCCCCUGCGGCACAGUGAAGUCACUGUCGUGCUGUCCUUGCCCCACAUGAGCUCUGCCACCCAGGGGCUGCAUGUAUUCCCCUCCGCAGGGACACAGGAAUGUAGGGCAGCCCAUAGCUACUGUACAUACAAAAGGAGAUGAGGAGGUGACAGCCAAGGGCCAUGCAUGGAACAGGGACCAGCCAGGACAGGCAUGAUUGGUUGCAGCCUCCUGACAUGAUGCUGUAGCUGAGUUCCUGACCUGAUGGCAUUGAGGAGUGAAUAGACCCCCCAUUGCUCCAGGGUCCCCAGCUGUGGCUGCUGGGAGAGGGAGCUGGGGGGGGGUG